AUUUUUAGUUAUUUAUAGUAAUAUAUCAAACCAUUAUUAUGCAUAAUGCAAAUGGCUUCUUGAUGUAAGCUAGCAUACUUUAAUCUUCAUAAUCACAUGCACAGAUCUUGUACAGAUCUGAACAUUAUUGAACUUCCCUGUGACUAAUACAUCUUUUUGUUCUGAACACACUUCAGCAUCAGUUUGGUGUAUGUUGACCUGCUCACUGCAUGGCGCUACAUUCUCGGUUUUUAACCUCAAACCAACCCAUCGCUAACUAUCAGAUAAACAGAGCAACUUGAAUAGGGUACUUGAUAAGUGUGGCCAUCGACAGUCUCAGUUCUCAGAAAUGUGCUUGCAUCUUACAGAGGAACUAGGCGUUAAAAUGUUUGGCCAGUAGCUCAGUCUGCAUUUAUCAGCAAACAACCCAGCAGCAGAAGUUGAUUUCUAUUGAUUUCAAACGGCAUUGUGAAGCUUACUUUGUGAGGUAAGUUAUCUUCAGAUGACAUCAGAACCAAUUCAAGAUGUUUUCGGUUAAAUUUUAAAGACAGAGCAGCAAAAGAAUUAGGAUGCAUACGAUUAACAAUUCCAUGUUGCAAUAGAAUAUUUUCAAAAUUUUGGAUUGCAACCACCUUUAAAAGGUGGUAGAUACCAGAUAUAACACAAAACGAGACAUUACACCCUCCUCACUUAACAAACAUACUUUGCACUCAUCAGUGUUACAAGUUUCGCUUAAAGUUGUACUUAAAAUUCAAAUGCGAAUAGCAUGCCACGUGUUCUGUGUGGUUUAAACACUAAACUAGCUUUUUAAGUAGCAAAUUAGGCAAUUUCCUUCAUACAAACAGGCAUGCAUGUAACCCAUCAAAGGGAAUUUAAGGUCAAAGGAUUAUCAGAAAAGUACAAGCAGUUUAUGGGAAAAAUAAGGGAAGCUAUGGGAGAAUUCUGCUAGCAUUGUGCUUUUUAUUGAUUUUUUUUUGACCGCUCUGCUUGUCAGAGAAGGACUGGUUGGAAAUGAUAUAUUGUAUGCAUCAUGCAGAACUUGUUCUGUUAUUUUACUACUGAGAGGAAUGUUUUUUAAUGGUGAAAAGUUAACUAUUGGUUAACUCUGGUACAUAGCAUCAAAUGGAAAUAUUUAAGUUUAAAAUUGUACAUGGUCCCUUCAAAACAAAAUAAACCAGGAAAACAUAACUUUUAAACCUUUUUGUCAUCCUAAAAAAACAGAGCACUGCAUAAUGUAGUGCAGCAGAUCAGUGCAAGAAUUUCAAAUAUGGGGGGGGGGCAGAUUGUCCAUUUCCAAUUAUUCUAAGUCCCCCCAAUGUCUCUGGUGGUUACAGCCCGGCUUCAGUUUAAAUGCAUUUGGAUAAAUUGCAUAUUGUUUUUGUUACAGAACUCUGCUUCCUAUUCACAAUGACUUCAACUCCAGUUGCAGAUUAUUAUUAUGAUUUACAAGAGUUAGCUGUAGACAGCCAUGCGAAAGAAGAGCAACUUCAUGAGGACUUACAUCUUGGCUACUGCAGGGAAGCAGCAUGUGUAAUUACAGUGAUCUUUAAUGUGAUCAUAUUCCUUCUUGGCAUCAUUGGAAAUGGUGCGGUGAUCUGGAUUACUGGUUUUAAGAUGAAGAAGUCAGUGAACACCACCUGGUACCUGAGUCUGGCUCUGUCUGACUUCAUUUUCUGCGCUACUCUCCCUUUCACCGUUGACUACAUGGUGAAGAACAGCUGGAUCUUUGGGCCCUUCAUGUGCAAGUUCAACGCUUUUGUUAUGACCCUCAAUAUGUACAGCAGCAUUUUCAUCCUGGUCAUCAUUAGUGUGGAUCGCUGCAUCACCGUCAAGUUUCCCGUCUGGGCCCAGAAUCAGCGCACCGUACAGAAAGCUUCUGUAGUUGUUAUGUUAGCUUGGUUCGUGUCUUCUUUGCUUAGCAUUCCAUCUGCCAAAUUCAGAGAGAUUAUGAAUAUAGACAUAUGCUAUAGCAACUAUGAGAAUCACCACAAAACCGUUGUGUUCAUGCGCUUUACUUUUGGGUUUUUGAUUCCAUUCCUGACCAUCUUCACCUGUUACUCCAUCCUGAUCCGUAAACUUAGAGCAAACCAAAUGUCCAGAUCCACCAAGCCCUACAAGAUCAUGACAUUACUGAUCACAACUUUUUUCAUCUGUUGGUUGCCAUUUCAAAUAGUUUCCGUUUUAGAGUUGGACCGAAUUGAGUACAGCUUUGCCUUUCACACAGCCCAACAAGUAUCCGCCACUCUCGCCAGUGCAAACAGCUUUCUAAACCCGUUCCUCUAUGCAUUCAUGGCCAAGGACUUAAAGAAGAAAUGCUAUUCCUUUCUUUCCAAGAUUGAGAGCGCCAUCGAUGAGGAGACCCGAAGUGCUUUCAGAGCAACUUCAAUUACCAAUUCUGUGGAUAACAGACAUUCCACUGUUGUCUGAAAUUUUUACACGAGUCAUGCACUAAAGUGAAUGAUGACCCAUAGAAACGGCUUGGCAUUAACAAGUAGUGCAGUUGUUUUGUCUGUUGCAUGUUUGAGUUUGGAAAUUUACAAGUAGAAGUUAAAAAAUUUAA